UACUAGUCACGUGGUAGGAGUUUAACGGGCUGGCGAAUAGUGCACGUCAGGUAGCAUGUUUAAAAAAUAUCUCUUUUGACAUUUUACUUUGAGGCUGUAGUGGCGUUAUGCGCCGGGGUUUGUUCGAAGAAGAAGUCCUACUGGGUUAGCCUCGCCUGGAGACAUGUCUGGGUUCAGCGCGGAGCUAAUAGACUAUCUGGAGGGGAGGAUAACUUUUGAGGAAUUCGACAAAAGGAGAGACGAACGAAAAACCAAGGAGUCGGAAGUGACCACUGAAGAUGCGGAUGAUGACGCGCAGCCUUCCACCUCGGCACAAACCACGGCCAAAAUUGAGGACGGAGUCAGCCCGGGAGUCCAGCUGGCGUUCGCCUCUAUACUGGGAGAAGCAGCAGAACCACCGUCUUCGGAGGAGGAUGACGAAGAGGAAGAAGAGGAGGACAGCUUAAGCUACGUCGACGACGAUGAAGAUAAGGACUACAACUUGGAGGAGGGGGAGAAGGCAGAGGCGGACGGGGCGGAGAAAAGGCAGAAGCGAGGCGGGAGAGCAAAGGGCAGGAGGAGGAAGAAGAAGGCGGAAGGGGAGCAGCAGGAGGAGGAGGAGGAGGAAGAUGUCACGGUGGGAGACGUGUUCGCGUUGGAGAUGGAGCUGAAUCGAGAAAACAAGAAGAUGAUGAAGGGGAGACGCCACGGCAGCAAGCUGCCCCGAGCUCUUAGAGGCCUGAUGGGAGAAGCCAACAUCCGCUACGCUAGAGGAGAGAAAGAAGAUGCCAUCCUGAUGUGUAUGGAGAUCAUAAGACAGGCUCCUCUGGCCUAUGAGCCUUUCUCCACGCUGGCUAUGAUCUAUGAAGACGACGAGGACAUGGACAAAGCGCUGCAGUUCGGUCUGAUCGCCGCCCACCUCAACCCCUCCGACUGUGAGGAGUGGAUCAGACUGGCUGACAUGUCUCUCGAGCAGGACAACAUCCGUCAAGCCAUCAUCUGCUACAGCAAAGCCAUCAAGUACGACCCCACCAACGUGCGCUACCUGUGGGAGCGCUCCAGCCUCCACAUGCGUCUGGGAGAGCACAAACAGUGCAUGGACGGCUACCGCAGGAUCCUCUCCCUGCUGCCGCUGGAGGAUGGAGAGCACUUCAUGCAGCUCUCCAAGGACAUGGCUAAGAGCUAUUACGAGAGUAAUGACCUGCCCUCAGCUCUGAGCGUGAUAGAGGAAGCUCUUGCGCGACAUCCCAGCUUGGUCAGCGAUGACUUCAUCAACAUGGCAGCUGAGCUCUACAUCGCCAACCGCCAGUACAACAAGGCCUUGCAGGUCUUGGUCCAGUUUGCGGGCAUUGUUUUAGUCAGAGCCGAGUCGACGUCGGACGUCGCGGUGCCAACGCCAGAAGAGAAAGUGGAAGAGAAGAUGACAGGGGAGCAGGAAGAGAAGAACGAAGAAGGCGCAAAGUCAAAGACUGAAGCAGAACUUGCAGCAGAUGAGACCGGUGAUAUAACUGAUAUACAGGUACCAGACAGCGUACCAGUGGACCUGAGGGCCAAGCUUAUAGUCUGCCUCAUCCACCUACAUGUCUACACCCCCCUGGAGGGCUUGGUGUCGUCACUAAUGGAACAGAGUCCGGAGGAGAUCGGUGACUUGUACCUGGACGUGGGUGAAGCCUACCUGGAGGAGGGCGAGUACUUGUCUUCUCUGCCUCUGCUGUCUGCCCUCGUCAUAUCUGAGAAGUACAACCUGGCUGUUGUCUGGCUGCGACAUGCAGAGUGUCUGAAGGCUCUGGGCCACAUGGAGGCGGCAGCUGAAAGCUAUACCAAGGUGGUGGAGAUGGCUCCGCAGCACCUGGAGGCUCGGCUCUCCCUCGCCACUCUUCAGCAGCAACUGGGCCGCAUGGAUUGCGCCCUGAAGGCGCUGGAGUCCAUGUACGAUAGCGACACAUUGGCUCAGGAUUCCUCCGCUGCACAGAAGGAAUUAAAGCUGCUGCUGCAUCGCUCCACUCUCCUGAAGACACAGGGACAAAUACAGGACUACCUGGAUGCUAUGAUUACUAUGAUCUCCAUGUUGUUAAAGGUGGCCAUGCAGCGAGCGAAGGUGUGCGUGCGCUCUGUGAUUGUGUCGGGCAAAAAUCACCUGAGGCUGGUGAAGGUUGAAAACAUGCUGUCGGAAAUUGCCGACCACGAAACCGCAUAUUUAGACAACACUGGUAAAACCAACGUCAUGUCCAAAGAGGACUGGUGGCAGCUGCUGGUGAGUUGCAUGCGGACGUUGUGCGAGGUGAAGCGCUACGAGGAGGCGGAGCUCCUGGUGGAGUCGGCCAUGGAGUUCUACUCCUUCUAUGACAACAAACCCAGGAGGAAGGAGCUGGAAUUCUUUGGCCUGUCCGCCACCAUCCUCGACCGCAACCACUACAAGGCCUACAACUACAUCAGAUUGAUGCUGAUGGAAAAUGUGGACCUGCCUCAGCUUUGGAAUAUUUUCAACCAGCUGACGAUAACUUCCCAGCACCAGCGCCACCAUCGGUUCUGCCUGCGUCUGCUGUUAAAACAUCCCAACAACCACGCCUUGUGUGUCCUCUGUGGACACAACGCCAUGGUGUCUGGGAGUUUCAAACACGCUCUAGGCCAGUAUGUACAGGCCAUCCAGACUCACCCUGACAAUCCGCUACACAGCCUGUGUGUGGGUCUCACCUUCUUCCACAUGGCAUCUCAAAAGUACGUUGCCAAGCGACACACACUGGUGCUCCAGGGUUUUUCCUUCCUUUGGCGAUACGUGGACUUACGUGGAGUGUGCCAGGAGAGCAUGUACAACCUGGGCCGAGCCCUGCACCAGAUGGGCCUCACUCAUUUGGCCAUACAUUACUACCAGAAGGCACUUACGCUACCUGCUCAGAAAAUGGACGGCAUCGCGGACGAUCAGGUUGAUCUGAAGAAGGAGAUCGCCUUCAACCUCUCGCUCAUCUACCAGGCCAGCGGGAACAUGGAAAUGGCCCGGCAGCUCAUCAACACGCAUUGCAUCGUUUGACAAUUCCUCAACGUCCUCGCCCGCAUUUUGGACGUUGGGUCAGUUCAGUGCUGGCAACUGAAUCACUGUGAAUAUAUGGAGUUCUCAGAAUGCCUUAUUAAUAAAUAAAUACAUCUCUAAAUACUGAAAUAGUAAAAGCUGAGAAAAUUCAAAAAAUCCAUUUAAAGACCACUUAUACGGCUAGUACGACUUAUUUAAGAUAACUUAAUGGCCUGUGAAUCGUGCCGGCUUUCCCAGUUUACUGUCCUGUUGUAGCCUGGUAUUAAUGACUAUGUUUCAACCAAUAGAAAGAAAAAAAAAUACUGUCCUGUUGGUUCGUCCUACAACCAAUCAGCCAUCUUUUGUUUUUUGUGACCCCACGGCAACUCUUUUUCCGUCAUCUCAUAAAGCCCACCCAAGAGAUUUGAUUGGCUCGGCAGAUUUUUGCCGCAUCCUAAUCACUUUUCAACGGAGUAACUCCAGACCAACUCUCCACUGCAAAAAUAUUUUUGUAAAUAAAUAUUUAUAUUUUGAGA